CAAGUUUCUUGAUGUAGGCAGCUCGCUUGCAGACUUCAGCCCCUGUUUACCCCUCUUUGCCAAUGUGCUCCGACAUAUCUUACACAACGCCAAGCACCCGUAAUCUGACUGCAUUUGUUGAUUCAGCUCCUCCUUUGUAAGCUUGGGAGGCGGGAGGGAGUUUUUGACCGCCCUGCCAGUGGGAAGGCAUCUCACCCAAGGGGUUGGUUGUCUCCAGCUGGUUGGGCCGAGUAUAACUGGAAUGAUUGGAAGUCAGACACAGCGCAUCGCCAUAUGAUUGAACGUCGAUCUUUAGUCGUCUCUUUACCAACAUUGGCAGCAGAGGCUCAACAUGCGAGCGGCUCUAGUUGCAAUCGUUUGCCACCUCCCCCUGGUCUUUGCACUGGUUGAGAGACGGACAGAGCUCAGACCAGCAAUCUCACCUGCGGCUUCACACUGGAAGAGAAGUGUAAAACUUGCUAGCGACCAGGUCAUUCAAAUCGACCUGGCGCUUUCUACGGCAUCUGAGCGGUACUCGCUGCCAUCACGAGUGGCCAAGUACAUCGACUACGUCCUGCCCGCUCCGGAGCCGGACCCAGUCUCGUCGGCUCCCAAGUCUGUUGGAGUACCUCGCCUGCCGAUCGAGGCCGGAAUAAGCGCUCGUCAGACGCGCAACAUCAACUGCCUGCAAUACAUGGCGCCGCAAUGCCUCCGCCAGCUGUACAACAUGGACAACGGCGCCGGCCAGACAGCUCACCCCAAGAACUCGAUUGGCUGGCCCAUCUUCAACCUCGAGGCCAACCACGACUAUCAGUACAACAUGGCCAUGGCAAAACCGAUCCCCGUCACCAACAUCCAGGUGGGCGACCUCGUCGUGCAGGGCAACCUUAACAUAAUGCUGGCCGCCUUCAACAAGCACUACUGCCGCACCGGCCUAGACCCGCAGUUCGACCCCGUUUACCCGAACCCGCUGCCGGGAGGCUACAACGCGACCGACUGCGGCACGCACACGCCGCCGCGCGUCAUCGCCAUCAUGUACGCGUGGAACGAGGCCUGGUACUCGGACGCAUACGCCCGCCGCCACGAGGGCCACUUCGCCUCGGUGUUUCCCGCCGCGUGCCCGUGGGUGACCUCGGUCGGUGGCACGCAGUUCCUGCCGGUCGCCGCCGCCAACGGCAGCAGCAGCAGCAGCACUCUGUCGCCCUUCCCGGGCGAGACGGCGCUCGACAACAACAGCACUGUCUCCUUCGGCGGCGGCUUCAGCCGCCUCUUCCCGGCGCCCUGGUACCAAGGCAACCUGACGCGGGAGUACCUCGCUGCUGCGCCGGGCGCGGCCGAGCUGGGGAGGCAGGGCUACUUCAACGUCAACGGGAGGGGCUACCCCGACAUAUCAGCCAUGGGGAAGAGCUUCCUUGUCAGUCUACACGGCGGGUACCGCGCCGUGUCGGGCACGUCGGCGUCGACGCCCGUCGUCGCCGCCAUGAUCGCCAAGAUCAACGAUGCGAGGCUGCACGCCGGCAAGAGCACUGUCGGAUUCCUCAACCCUGUGCUGUAUGCCGCGCGCAAUAGGGGGAUACUGAGGGAUGUGCACCACGGCAAGAACCACGGGUGCGGAGUCAGCGAGGCAUUCCCGGCCAAGCAGGCGUGGGAUGCCGUGACUGGGUUGGGAACGCCGGACUUUGAGAAGUUGAAGGAGUUGUAUCUUCGCUUGCCGUAGACUAUUCCACACUUAGAGCGCUGAGGCGCCCGGGAGGUUGGGAACUGCUUGGGUUCUGGUGAGAUUUUUGAUUAGCUUGCCGAGAUCGUGCGCCCCGAGAUGAAGGAGAAUUGGUAAACGAAGAACUAGUGACACUGACAUUGAGUAAUUGGGUAAAUUGAUCGAAAUUGGAUUUAUUGGUUGGAGAGUGGGUUGCGGAUCGGAGGAUGGAGG